AUGGCCAAACUACUUAGCACGAGAAACAUCAUGAUCGCUGGUGGUGUUGGCGCUGCCCUCUACCUCUUCCCUCGCACCGUCGCCAAGGUCAACCCGAUUCAAGACGGGAUCAAGACUCCUGGCACCGAGGCCAUCGCCCAAAGAUUCGCCUCAGGUGGCGGAACCACCACACACACUCCCGGCUUUGCAACCAAACGAGGUACCUCCGAGGAAAUCUACACCCAAUCGAAUCCCAGCGGCGUCAAAUCCCAAGAGUUCCAAGAUAACCACGCCGAUCAAAAGAAGGACGAUUACGGCGCGCCCGGCCGGACAUGGAACAAGACGCAGUACGGCACCGACAAGGGCAAAUAA